GGCCUUUGCAGUUGCGAAGAACCGCUUGGGGCCUCUGAUCUCCUAACGUCCUGAUUUUGCAACCCAGUGUCAGGCAUCAGGGUGACGAUGGAGUUCCGGACAGUCCAUCUUCUCGCUUUGGUCUUCUUGCUGGGCCUGGCCAAGGUGGCAACAGGCAGCAGACCUUGUAUUCGGAAGUAUUUUGGCUGUGACGCUAUCGUCUGCGUUUGCAACCGCACGUACUGUGAUACCCAGGAUCCUGUCUCCCUCCCUCCCCUUGGCCAGUUCGUCAUGUACGAGAGCAGCAAAUCUGGGAACCGGCUGGAGCGCAGCGAAGGGCAUUUCCAGAAGAGAAUGUCAAGUCCAGAUCUUCUCCUGGUUUUGGAGGUGGCCCAGCGGUAUCAAAGAGUGAAAGGAUUUGGGGGGUCCAUCACCGAUGCAGCCUCCAUAAACAUCUUGUCUCUAACUCCGGAUGCCCAGAAAAACCUACUUCGUUCGUACUUCUCGGAAGAAGGGAUCGAAUUCAACCUGUUGCGCAUGCCGAUGGCCAGCUGUGACUUCUCUAUCCGGACAUACACUUACAACGAUUCGCCGUAUGACUUUCUGCAGAAGAAUUUCAGCCUGGUUGCAGAAGACCUCCAAAUGAAAAUCCCGCUGAUCCAUCGAGCCAACGCCAUGUCGAAGAAGCCCAUCUCCUUGCUGGCCAGUCCGUGGACUUCUCCGAUUUGGAUGAAAACCAACGAGGACUGGAAAGGAAAGGGGUGCCUGAAAGGGCAGGCAGGAGAUGCCUUCCACAGAACCUGGGCGGAUUAUUUUGUCAGGUUUCUUGAUGAGUACGCCAAGCAGAAUUUAACCUUCUGGGCUGUCACUGCUCAAAACGAGCCUUCCUCGGGGUUCGUGCAGAAUUAUCCUUUCCAAACAUUGGGGUUUACAGCAGAAUUGCAGCGGGACUUCAUUGCGCUGGACCUCGGCCCUGCCCUGGCCCAGAGUUCGCACAAGGGCAUCCGGCUUAUUAUCCUAGAUGACAACCGAAUCCAUCUCCCUAAGUGGGCUAAAGUGGUGUUGAGCAGCGAGAGCCAAGCGUAUCGUUACGUCCACGGCAUUGGGGUCCACUGGUACUUGGAUUUCAUCAGCCCCAUCAAGGACACGGUAGAAACCACCCACCACCUCUUCCCAGAUUAUUUCCUGAUCGCCACCGAAGCCUGUGCCGGCUCUCACUUUUGGGAAAAGGAUGUUAUCCUUGGCUCCUGGGCCCGGGGGGAAGAGUACAGCCACAGCAUCUUGGAGAACCUGAAUCACCAUGUUGUCGGUUGGAUCGACUGGAACCUGGCACUGGAUUUAGAAGGAGGCCCCAACUGGGUUAACAACUAUGUGGACAGUGCGAUCAUUGUGGACUCCAGCAGCGACAGCUUCUAUAAGCAGCCCAUGUUCUACCACUUGGGGCACUUCAGCAAAUUCAUUCUUGAAGAUUCUCAGCGUGUUGGGCUGACGGUUAUUGAAAGUUUUGCUAAUGUUAACUUGGAGCACGUCGCCUUGCUUCGCCCCGAUGGAUCCAUGGUGGUGGUUGUCCUUAACCGGUCUUUGUUCAACGUCUCCAUUGGAAUUUCUGAUUCCCUUGGGUUUAUUUUAACCGAAAUCCCUGCCAGCUCCAUCCAGACCUAUCUCUGGCGGCGCCAGUGAGGAAGGAGAAAGAAUAGAGGGAGGGAAGGAAGGAAGGAAGAGGGAGGGAGGAAGGAGAGAGAGAAGCCAAGUCAACUGGAUAGUUUGCUAGCCCUUUGGGGAGUUGAGAGGUUGGUUCAGCCCAAUGGAUUAUGCUCUUCAUCCUCACACUGGGAGAUGGAUCUUUACAAUGGCUGAAGAAGCUGAGAUUUGAUGUUCGCUGUACUCUUUGGGUGAGCGAGACCAAGGAUGCUGGAGUGAUUUCCAGUGCCUUUUUUUUAAAA